GAGUCGCAGGCUUUCCUUCUAUCGUGUUUCUCGUUCUUGAGGGUCGAGGGUGUUUACACAGUGCGCGUUUCGCGUAUUUGUUCCAAGGCUUUUCGGUACGCGUCCUUUCUUGCUAACACCUCCCACACAGUUGAAUCAUACCGAGUCACACCAAACCCAAAUACACAAACACAAAAAAACACUUGAAGCUUUUCGAAUCUCUACAGACAUCAUGGCAGCUACUACCCGCGCCAGGACUGGAAACUCCAAGCCUCGUAUCGUCCAGCAAAUCGAGAACGUCGUUGCGCCCAAGAAGCGUACGACGACUACGACCAAGACCAAGGCGAAUACCAGCAAGCCGCGCACCUCGUCCAAGGUGGCUACUGGACGCGUCGCCAAGCCCAAGACGACUACGACCAAGUCUUCUACUACGACUACUACCAAGGCUGCGGCGGGUCCUCGGACUAAGACGGUGAAGAAGCCGCGUACCAAGACGGAGAAGGUGAUUGAUAAGGUGGUUGGAAAGGUGGAGAAGGCGGAUGGUGAGAUUACAGGACGGCCGGGGAAGAAGGCUGCGGGAACCGCAAAGGCACGUGGCACCGACUCGACCACGAAGCGCGCGGCGCCCAAGGCGAGGAAGGCGUAGAACAUGUCCCGAGGGAUUGUUCGAGAAUGGCGCGCGCUCGCGUUUGAAGAGGUAGCUUGAUACCUUGUGUCGUCAACGCGCCGAUAUGUGGAGAUGGUUUCUCUGUUUCCUUACGAGUCACGAUUGUUUUCUUUCCUUGGUGCACUUUCGGAAAUGUAUGAUAGAUACCCGGGAGUCAAUAUGAGGAAUACACGUCUUUUUUCC